AUGCUCUAUGGCGGAAGACUCCAAUUCUCCAGUGGGCUACAACUCAACUUUUUCGCCUACUCUGCACCUUAUCGCGGCGACUGGAUCGCCGUCCAGGACAUAGAUCCCAAAGAGUGGAAGCGAUCUUACGCUGCGAUGCUGGAUUGGGGCCUUAUGCAUGCCAUGGCGUUCGUCGAUACUGUCACUCGAACACUCACAGACUACCCCAGCAUACCCGUGAAGCUCAAGUACCAAGGCAAGGAGCCCAAGGAGUAUGCAGGCAAGGAAAUCACGAAGAAGUUUCUGAGCGGACUGAAGGUCAAUGACUAUAAUAAGACGGCCGGGAAGCCUGAUCCCCGGGCGAUCACUAUGUUCUCACUUACAGGUUUGAAAGCCCAACUCGACAAGGCGAACAGUCGCGCAGACCUGGGAGUGAUGCACAAGCAAUUGUGCACGUGGGACUUUUUGGUGUCGGGCAUCAUUGAGGAUGCAAUAUACAAGGACUUUUUCGUCCGGAAAACCCUGCGCGACUUUCCGCGAGCAAAGCCUCCCACAAAGUGA